AUAGAAACUUACUUAGAAAUGGCUUGCAAAAAACGUAAGUUUUUGUUAUAGAUCGGGCCGUUGGCGAAACUUAUUGUUCCGACAAAGACGGGGCGGGGGAUGCAAUAAUAACGCAGUAAGGGUGCGUAAUGAAACUUUUACCUGGGACCGAUGUAAUGCACUUUUGGGAAGGGCCUCAUUCAUUCGGAACUAGUCCGUGCGAAAUGAUCUAUUAGAUAUGAACUCGAAAGGUAAAAUAGAGAAGUGGCUGUUUGAGGAAUGGAGCAGUGGCCGUGUUGUGAACUCAAGGUCUAUGGUGAAAGUAGAACAUGAGGUGUCUAAGAUCGGGGUGUCGGAAGGUGAUACAAGUACAGUGAGAAAGCGGAAACACUUAUCUAAUGGAAGAAAUGGUCCAGGAGCUGAUAAAAUAAUAGACCUAAAAAUGGAAGAAGGUGGACCAAGCGGCCAACAAGAAGACAUGGAUUUCUCGUCUAGCGCAUCAUCUUGGGAACCAAGCGAUGAGAACCUUUCAUCUGAAGACUCAGAGCCAGAAAACAAAAUGAGCAAGACAACGAACGCGACGAAACAAUACACCAAUAAAAGAGCAAACAAAAAAGGGCCAAUACCACUGCAUAGACCGAAUGCAAUUAUACCAAAUGUUUUACAGCCGCGACAAACUAAUAUUGUAGAUAAAAAGAAACGUUGUAGGUAUGUCGAAUCCGCAAAUAAGAGAGAAAUUGUAAAUAAAUCAUUACCCGAUUCAACAAGGAAGAACACACCACCGAAUGAAUCAAUUAAAAAUGCCAAUAUAAAGGAUAUUUUAGAAAUAAAAACAGGUUUCAGAAAACUAUUUCAAAUGCUUAAAGAUCUUAAAACUCAGGCGGGUUUUGUUACAAGAGAAUGUAAUGGCACAAAUACGAACGCAUCAGUGGUAAAUAAUACUAUGGAUUUAUCAGAGGGUGAAGAAAGUGACAGAAGUCAGAGUGUGGAAUCCAAUAGAUCGGAUGACAAUGUCCUUAUCAGCAAUAAAUAUGCUAGAGCUGAUGUUCGAAAUCCUACGACAGACAACAUAACAGAAGAAGAAUGGAUACCUAUAGGAAGUGGAAAAACUCUGAUACACAAAGACAAAUAUAAAAAAGUAAAUUGGAAGUCUUACACGAUAGCAACAAGAACUCUACUGCUUGCGACAUUCCCGAGAAGAAUUCUAGCCACCCAUUCUCUAACUGGGAAAAGGUCACCCGCUUUCCGAAACAAACCAGCAAAAAUGUGCCUCGAUCCCAAAAUCGUAUCUGACGUCAUUAUGGAAAUUACAUCCAGAUUUAGGGUCAAGGAGAAUUUAGUUAGAAGUAUUAUAACGACAAAGUGCGCGGACGAGUGUAAGAUGUUUAAAUUGAGGAUGAAACAUAAAAACAAACAAGAACAAAAUCAAGAGAACACACCACCGAUACAAGAAACAGAACCCAUUGAUUAUUAGAGUGCUUUUGUUAAACACUCUCGUGGGUGUAAACUACAAGAUAACGUUAAAAAUACUGCAUAUUUGUUUAAAUUUUUCAAGGAACUAAAUACUAUAAAAUGUUUUUUUUUUACAAUGCAACUAAGUACGUGUUUUGUUAAUCAAUGAGAUCUCAUGACUGAUCUUUUCUAUGUCAAAGUUGAUUUAGUGUUUUAAUCCUGUGUAACCAAAGCUUAUUCUUAAUGUAAAAAGUUUCAAUAAUUUAAUAAAAUAAUUGUAUUUUUAUUUGGUGAAACAUUUGUCCUGUAGUAUAAUAUUCCUCCCUUCAAAACAUCUUGUUAGUACUUACGAUUUCUUAAAAGUAUUACCUAUUCAUUUAAUUCAAAUACACAGUUUUCGUAGUCAAUCUAGGUCCAUUUUUUGCAGUAGAA